AAUCUUAUGGAACGAAUGUAUUGGUAAUUCAUUCAUAAGAUGAUUAAACACAUGCUACGUCUAAUAUGUAACAUUUCCGUCUAAGAGGCUGAAAUAGAGCACACAGGAUCUUAAGGGGGUUGCUGAGACUACUAUUUUGCACCAAAUCUUCAAACCACCACCCGGCGCCGCUCUAAUCACACACACAAUGAGUUCCUGUCCCUUUAAAUGCCUGAUGUCACAGUCUCCUAUCCAGAACGGAAGCCCCAGUGGCUGGGAAUCUCCCGCCUGCUGCACUUGACAAUCCCAGAGCCCUGGACAAGCACGUGGAGCAGGGAGCUCAAGAGGAAUUAGCUGCAGCAGUAUGGAAGAUACACAGUCAGGUAUGGACCUAAGUAAUUCUCAGGAACUGCAAAUGGCUACAGAAGGACAGGAAGUAUUGACAGACUGUAAUUCAAACAAAUCCCGGGAUGUGGAAAAUAUGGAUAAAGGGGAAGACAUGAAGGAGCAUAGUCAACCUAAUGAAGAAGCAGGAGAUGAUUUGGUUAAAGUGAAGGGAGAAUACAGUGAAAGAGAAGAGAAUUCAUUGAAUUCGGAGCUAAUGGAAAAUGCAGAAGAGCCUGAAGCAUCUUACACUUAUCCAAGAGAAUAUAAUGAAUAUGAGAGCAUUAAGCUGGAGAGACAUUCUGGUCCAUAUGACAACAUCAGGCCAACUAGUGGAAAGAUGAACUGUGAUAUCUGUGGCUUAGCCUGCAUUAGCCUCAAUGUUUUGAUGGUUCACAAGCGCAGCCACACUGGUGAACGGCCAUUCCAGUGUAAUCAGUGCGGAGCUUCCUUUACUCAGAAGGGUAACCUUCUCCGCCACAUUAAACUACAUACAGGGGAAAAACCUUUUAAAUGUCAUCUUUGCAGUUAUGCCUGCCAAAGGAGAGAUGCGCUAACAGGUCACUUAAGGACACAUUCUGUGGAGAAGCCAUACAAAUGUGAGUAUUGUGGACGGAGUUACAAGCAAAGAAGCUCAUUAGAGGAGCACAAAGAGCGAUGUCGGACUUACUUGCAGAGUGCUGGCAUGUGUGAGCCUGCAAGCGUGGAGGCAAGGCACAUCAAAGCAGAGAUGGGAAGUGAAAGAGCACUCGUGUUGGACAGGUUAGCGAGCAACGUGGCAAAGCGAAAAAGUUCAAUGCCUCAGAAAUUUAUUGGUGAAAAGCGACAUAGCUUUGAUGUUAAUUACAGUUCAAGUUACAUGUAUGAAAAGGAAACUGAGAUGAUGCAGGGACGUAUGAUGGACCAAGCCAUAAAUAAUGCCAUCACUUACCUUGGGGCAGAAGCACUGCGUCCUCUUGUGCAAACCCCACCAGCUCCCACUUCUGAAAUGGUCCCUGUCAUCAACAGCUUGUAUCCAAUACCACUCACCCGCUCUGAAAUGUCAAAUGGCAACUCACAAGAUACAGAAAAGAGCCAUGCCCACCUGAGGGACAAAAGUCUGUCUUCUGACAGAGGUCUUUCCCCAAACAACAGUGGUCAAGAUUCCACAGACACUGACAGCAACCAUGAGGAGCGCCAGAAUCAUACCUACCACCAAAACCAAAUGAUACCUCCCCAGGCCCGCAAUGGUCUCCAGUCCUUGAAGGAGCUCCCAAGGUCAUAUGACAUCAUCAAGCCACCAACUAUAUGCCCACGUGAUGCCUUUAAGGUCAUCAAUAAGGAAGGUGAAGCCAUUGGGGUCUACAGAUGUGACCACUGCCGUGUCCUCUUUUUGGAUUAUGUGAUGUUUACCAUUCAUAUGGGAUGCCAUGGAUUCCGUGAUCCUUUUGAGUGCAACAUGUGUGGCUACAGAAGCCAUGACAGAUAUGAGUUCUCCUCACAUAUAGCACGAGGAGAGCAUAGAGUGUUACUGAAGUAAAAAGGAUUAUUUUUUCUAAGACCAGAACAUGGGUAUUUUAGAUUUAUUGGGAUUUUAAAUGUGUCUAAACAAGUUACUUAAAUAUUUUUGUGGCAGUUCCAAAUAUGUUAGUGUCCCUUAUAGUUGCAAAGUACUGUUGGGACUUUUCAAUUGUUACUAGCAAACAGUAUACUGUAGCAUCUGUGCCUAGAUACUAUGGUGACUGGCACUGUAUAAACACCAAAGAUAGAAAUACAUUUUGUAUUAACUUUAUUUUUGUGAAAACUAAUAGCAGCAUAAGAAAAUUUUACUUUUUAUAUGUGUAUGUGUUAGAACAUUUGCUUCCAAUAAUAGCAACAUGUUAAUUUUGUUGUAUUACGAAUGAAAUACAGGUAAAGUACUGAACUGAUACUUAUAAAAAGUUGAAACUUGGCACACAAGGUUGCUACUCCAUACUGCCCUUUCCCUGGGCCUGUCAGAACCGCUAUAUUCUAACCAAUAAUUCACAAGAGAGACUUUCUGUGGGUGUUUCAGUUCCUAAAGUCUUCCUAAGUGGCUAAAUUAUUAAAACACAGAAAACCCAUAUCUGGGGAGAUGGUAUCACAUUUACUUUUAAAUGUUUUCCCCAGAGCCUUAAAAAACUUAUGGCCCUACUACACUUGCAUUUUAUUUACCCCCUCUGAUCACUUUCUUUAAAAUGUCUCUCCACUCACCUCUCGCUCAGUAAUAUUAAAAUAAGUAGUGUGUGCUAUUUUAGGGUUUAGGUUUUUUUUUUUUUUAAUUAUUGUAUGUUUUUUGGCAUAUUCAGUGAGACCAUUUGUUCACUGCUGUGGAAAGUCAAUAGUGAAACUAAGGUUGACUUCACUUGGUGUAGAGUCUGACUCUGAAACAGUAAUAUGCAUGCAAACUCCCAUUUAUGCAAAUAGAUUUUUUGCCUAUGUCAGGACUGCAGGAUUGGGCUGUGUGACAUUACUGUGCCUCAGGGAACAAAUAGGUUCAUACAGAACAGAUUACAAGAGUUUUGUACUUUAAAAACAAUUUCCAAAUAAAGAAAAUGUAAUGAAUAGAAAGGUAAAAGUUCUUAUUCUCAUCUCACUCUCACUGGUUUUAUGCCAGUGUAACUCCACUGGUUUCAGUGAUAUCAUUACUGCUUUAUAACAGCAUGAGUGAAAGCUAAGACCCAAUUUUAUUGGACCAGAUGCUGCCCUCUUUUACACACAUGCAAUCUCAUUGAUGUCAGUGGGUCUGUACAGAUAAGCAUAGAAUUUGACCUAAAGUAUGCUGGUUUUAGAAUUGCCACAGUCAUAAUGUCCUAGGAAAUAUUAACAGUAGGUACCGUGAGAAUCUUCAUAUAUGAAUGUGUGGGAGCUGACAAUUCAAUCACGCUGUCUGGUUUUACGUGGGGAUAUCCCUCUGAGUGAAAUGUGCUGUUUUGCAAAAUGAGUAUUUACAAUUACUUUGAAGCCAGCUUUUAAAAUAGUUCUUUAAUCUAAUCAUUGUUCUGCAGCUGUAUUAUUAGUCACUGUUCUGAAGAUGUGAAUUUGAUAACAUUUUUGCUGAGUGUAUGUUUAUUCUUUUUAAAAUUUUUUUUUUCUAUAAUGUAGAAUUACACUUAUUCUGAUGAACUUUUCCAUUCAUUGAGUAUUUUGUAUAAGUAUUUUUUUUGUACUUUUUCAGUGUUAUUGUAUCAACUGCUGUGUGAUGCAUUUCAACUUUUUCACUAGUCCCUACAAAAGUAGCGACUAGUUCUCUGAACGUAUGAAUGGGCAUCAGGAAAUACUAAAUUCUAACUGCCUCUGACAUUAGCUCCUACUGUGUCCUUGGAUGUGUCACUGACUUAGUUCUUCAUGUGUAAAAAAGGGAAUGAAAAUAUUUACUCUUCCUGAUUGGGGUGUGUGUAGAGAUUAAUAAAUUAAUGUUUGUAACGUGCUAAGAAGAUGUAUUACAAAAAUGGUAACUAUUGUUCUAUCUCUUUUGGGGAGAUGGGGAAAAUGAUUUUGCUCACUUUUAUAUUUAGUUGUGUACAUAGUUGUAAAAUAGUUUUAGAAAUCUCUUUGCACCAAUUAACUUCUUAUUACCAGGUAUCUUUAAUGAACAGAGUGGAUUAACAUCCAUCCUCCGACUGCUAAACACAUUAUUAAUAUAGCACUACUGCAGAAUCUUUCAGUUGAGUAACUUUCAACUUACACCAGUGUAAGAUCAGAUAGAGGUCCUUAGGCUCUUGCAAAAUUAAAUUAGCCACAGUGAAACAUGUCUUUAAAUGACCAUCCAAGGUGUCAAAAUCAAAAUUUGAUCACUUUACAGAAAUGCUGUCUUAAUAAAGAAAAAUUAUGAUCAGCAAAAUAUUUGGAGUGGUUUGCUAAGUUAGGAAGUUGCCCAAAAAAAGGUGGGGCAGAAACAUACUGUAUAGUGCAAAAACUCAGUUUUCUUCCUUAUUUCCUGUUUAAGCUAAUGUGAAUUGUUAAACAGUUUCAGUCAAAAGAUGGCUGCAUUUUCAUGGAGAAAGUGAUCAAUAGAUACAUGCCAUUGUCAAUGAAAAUGUUUCUCAUCAUGGUUAAACUUAGAAAGAUGAAUAAGAAAAAUUAUAGCAAAGUGUAACCUUGUCUUUAGCACAGGAAGCUCUUCAGGCUGCUAUAUAUAUGUCAUAAAAUACCACCAGUUUCUUUCUCACACCACCAUAGAAUCCUUGAAAAUUACUUUGCAGAAUUUAUUCUCCCACUCUUCACUUACCGCCAACUGUUCAGGCAGGGCUUUAACCACCUACCCAUUAUUUCCCAGAUUAGGUGAGCAAUCAACCACCGAACCCGUGAAAAGUUCAAUUUGAACAAUAUUGACAGGUUUUUGAAAGAGGAAAGACAGAGGUUUCACAAUAUCUGCCCUAGAAGGCAAAAUUUUCCCACCACAGCUGAGGCAAAAUGUUUCUUCAGAUAUGCUACACCAAAAGAAAUUGUUCAUUGCAUUGACCAGACCUAAUGAGUAAUGAUUGUAUUACAGAUCUGCUGCUGAAAAAUCAAGGUUGUUGAAUGUGAACUCAGCCUUAAAAAUUGUGCAUGUUUUUAUCAAUAAGUUUUAUCUGGUGUGGAAAUGCUAACAACAGUAUUUUAUGAGUUUGUGUUUGGAGCUACCUGAACUUUGGCAAAGGACCAUAUUGCUUUUUUAUUGGAACUGAAGCCUGAGGGCUGCACACAAUGCCCAGCCCAAUCACCCUCAGCUUCCAUUUAAAUCAGCAUCCAGCACCUAAUUUCCAUUAAAUGGAACAGAUUAACUAUUACCUUGUCUUUAAAAUACAACUGUAUCCCUCAGACACAGCAGAUUCUGUCACACAAUGCUCAGUCCUUCUUCCUAGAUCAGUAUGAAGUAUUUCACUUUGAAACAUGCAAUCUGUUUCGGCUGUGUCCUUUUGUCAAAAGCCCUGUUACUAGACUAGGAGUCACAUUUGGCUUGCAAGAUGUAUUUUAGCAGCUCCUGCUACAGAAAAUUCAAAUGCCAGGUAUGAAAAACCCAGUGCUGACUUGUGAGAUGAUCUGAUCUGUCAAAAAAACCCCAAACAUUGUAAAUUGUUGCUUGCCUGAUUUGUUCUGCUGUUGGUUAAUGCUGCUGGUUCAAUUGAUCUUGCUCUGAAAAUAAAUUUCUCUAGAUAUUUUUUUCUGAAAGGCAGCAUAAUGAACAACUUUCUCUGAGUCUCCUGUAUGUCUUUGUUUUUACUGAUAAAUCACCCAUGCCCAAUCACCCAUGUGUGGUUUAUGCAAUUCUGUUUUCUCGUAAGUAUAUAUAUUUUGAUCUUUUGUUUUAAAGUUUUUUGACUUUUUUGAAGGUUGGACCUACAGAAAGAGGUACUUAAUAUGCAUAACUGCUAAAGAAAUCUUAACAAGGGUAUAGACACAAUGUGCUUCUAUGUUUGCAGGGUCUUGAAUAAAGGGGCCCUGGUCUUGACUGGGGAUCAGGGCUCUGGAAAUGCCACUAAUAACAAUGCUCAGCCCACUAUAACAAACCAAAAUAUUUAUUUAAGAGAAAUUAAUUAAGAUUGGCAAUCUCUAGAUUCCAGAAAUUGAGAAGUCUUACUUAAAGCCUAUAUUCCAUGCAUAGACUGUGAUCAGAGCAUAGUUGUAUUAGAUCAUUUCAAUACUGAAGAACAAGGUUAGUGGCUGUGGUUCGUAAAAUAUUAUAUAGUUUCUUAGUGUAAUUCUGUUAAACUCAGACAUAAAAAUUAUGCAGUCUGUUCUACUAACUGUUGAAAAAUUAUUCCAAUAUUUGACUUUACUGAAAGGACAAAUGAUCUGUAUCCAAAAAAAAAGAAGCCCUUUUGUGACCUUUUGGAACUGUGUUGCACUUUCCCUGUGUUGUCCAGGUCAACCCAAGGCAGGCACUCAAAGGUGGAUGAUAAGAUGAAUGCUGUCCUGAACAGUAGCAUAAAUAACGUAGGGCAACCAGGGCGGCUGCUCUGGGCAUCACCCUUGGGGAGCAGGAGGGAUUGGAAGGCUACAAAAAUAGGCAACAAUAUCCACUUCCCAGGAUGCAGAGCUGCUCUGUUAUGCCUCUGGGGUACACAGAAGGAAUUCCUUUUAAAUGAAUUCACUAGGAGUUUUGUAUGUACAUAUCUGAAGGCAAAGUUUAGGCCUUGCAGUUUGCUCAUUGUGACACUGUGGGUGUGUCUACAUGUGCAUUAACGCACUUUAGUUAAUGCACAUUAAAUCAAGUACCUCCACUGUGAAGGCAUUUUUA